AUGGCCGACCCAAGAAGCCCACCCCUCGCCCUCACCACGCUUCCAAGUGAAAUUAUGCAGAUGAUUGGAGAGCAUCUUGAUCCACGGGACCUCAGAGCUCUUGUCAGAACUGCAAAGCGACUCUGUACGGAGUUCACCCCUAAUACGAUGAAGAACGCACUGAGUCAACUCGGCCAAGGGUUGAAUACUGCUAAACCUGAAACUAUCCUCGACUGGUCGAUAUAUUCGGGCCAUACAGAAAUGGCGAACAUGCUGCUAGAUAUUCUGAAAGCGGACAAAUCAUUGCCACGAAGGAAUGGACACUCGGGGCGUCGCUUCACCCGUCGCGAUUGCUAUAAGUCUGCAUUGGAGAAUUCUGCACAAAAGGGGUAUCUGGAUAUCGUCCAGAAAAUAUUACAUGAUAGUGUGGAUUUAUCAGAUCCAUCAAAUGAUUGUGCAGAUGCAUUGAAUGACGCGAUUGUAUCUGGUUUUCCGGAGAUAUACAUGCUACUAAUCGAUGCUGGAGUCCGGCUUAAAAUGCCAGAAAGACAUGGUUCUUUGUCCACAAGAGGAAUUCGAGCGAUACAUGCCGCUGCCUGCCAGGGUCGUGUUGAUUUACUUUCGCUCAUUAUGGCCCAUGGCUGCUCUCUUAGCGAAGCCGACAUUUAUUUAGGAUGGCAGCCGCUGCAUUUUGCGGCAUUCCACGGUCAGAAACCUGCUGUAGAGUUUCUUCUCAAUAACGGAGUCAACCCUGCCGAAGAGACUAAAUCCCAGGAAACUGCCUUGAUGACCAUAUCUUCUAAAAUGAACUCUGCUCCCCACCAUAGCACAGAGUUUAAACAUAGAGAUACUGAAUUCUCUACUGGCCACAGAGAGAUAAUUGAUUUACUUCUCAGCCAUGGCUUGGAGCUUUCCAAACGAGGUAGUAACGACCGUACAGUUUUGCACACAGCAUCUAUGAAUGGCAAUGCAGAGCUGGUUAAAUAUCUAGUUAGCCUUGGAGCAGAUAUAACUGCUCAAGAUAACUAUCAACGGACUCCGCUUCACCUUGCGAUUUGUCACAAUCAUAUUGCAGUAUCAGAGAUUCUUUUGGCCGCAGGCGCUUCUGUAACUGCUAAAGAUUAUCGAGGAGCCUGUGCGAUACAUUUUGCUGCCACUGCUGGGUAUCCCUUGACAGCCAUCUCAAGGCUCCUUGCCAGUAAGGGGGCUGAUCCUUCCGCCCUCGAUGCUAGAGGCCAAGCACCCAUCCACUAUGCCAUUCAUUAUGGACAUUUUAACGUUGUCAAAUAUUUUCUAGAGAUCACCGGCGCAGAGUCUAUACCUGAACCAAUUCAUAGCAUGACGUUACACGGCGCAAUUGUUAAACAUGACGUAGAGAUGCUCCGGUAUCUUUUAAAUGCAGGUGUGAAGGCUUCCAGUUUACAGCCAGGUCGUUAUACAACAUCGCCUCCCCUUCACGUUUCGAUAAAACACGGGGUUGAGGAUAUCAUUAGACUCCUGCUUGAUCAUGGGGCAGAUCCUAACUGGCAACAACUAUUUAGUAAUGAUACCCCGAUUAUUUAUGCUAUCGAAAGAGAGUCCUUGGGGGCUGUUCGGUUACUUCUAGAGAAGGGCGCAGAUAUCUCAAAAUGUGGAGAUUUAAGGAUAGGAGAAACGGAAGAAAAGAAUAUUCCUCCGUUAAUUGCAGCUGUUAUAGCCGGCAAUCUAGAUAUUGCCGCAUUACUACUUGACUGGGAUGCUGAUAUCAACAUUCGCACUGAGGAGGGCUGUGGCGUCCUUGAAGCUGUCGCCUUGUCCAAGGGUGUUUCAAGAAAGCAACGCGAACUGAUCGUGCGUCUACUUCUUGAUAGAGGUGUAGAUGUCUCACUCCCAAAUCGGCGUGGUGGAUCUAUUAUAUCUCCAUUUUGCUUGAUGGGCGGUAGCCAGGAGCCAAUUAUCAAGCUACUAGUGGAAGCCGGAGCUGACGUCAAAGUCCAAGAUGAGUUUGGCAACACAGUCCUCCACGAUAUUGCUCAUCGUUGCAACGAUCGGAGCAAAACAUUUGCAACUGGCCUCUUUCGGUAUCUCUUGGAUAAAGGAGCUGAUCCGUCCUUAGUGAACCAGUCCUUGUUGACCCCCAUACACCUCGCGUGUAUUAGUGAAUUAGAUUAUGAUCUGACGCAACUGCUUGCCGCCGGUAUCGAUCCCGCUAGCCGGGAUAGUCGAGGAUGCACGGCUCUUCAUUAUGCUUCAUUGGGAGGGCAUAUUUUGCAGCUUUCUCAACUCAUCAAGGCUCUGAAACAACGCACACAAGAGGACGAGUCUUCAAACUUGGAUACUGUGGAUCCGAAUGGCCCAAGUGGCAACGAACCGGCAAGCACUUCAAGUCCAUAUGUUCGGUCAAUUCUUAACCUACAGGAUCCCAAUGGCUGGACAGCCCUACAUUUAGCUGUGUUGGAAACGAAUUUGCUGUUCGAAAACCCGAUGGGAAAUCUUUCCUCCCUAUACUACCUAUACUUGCCGUACCCUCUCCCCCUGCCAUUUGAAAGCUCCAAAGUGGUCCAGCUGUUGCUACAUUCAGGCGCGGAUCCUUCCAUUCUAAACGACGAACAACAAACGCCACUUGAUUUGGCAGAGAUAAAGAAAUCUCCGGGCGGAGUUGGUUAUGAAGCUAGAGAAUCAAAUAGAAAACGUUCACUCCGUAUGCUGGAGGAAGCUGGCGCCCAGAGGGGACCGGGAUAUAAACCCUUUUGCGGAUAUAGGACAAAACAUAAGCUGCAUGAAUUUUCUUCCUAG